UUUCACCAAAUGAUGGAGGAGGAUGUGAAUUUGAAGUUUGAUGGCUACGACGAGGAUUUGAACGAAAACCUCUUUUUUAAAUACAUACAGACGAAGCACAAGAGUUUGUACGAUGAUACAGCGAAGCAUCGUUGGAUUAUCUGUGUGCCAAGAAAAGGCACUUUGUCUCGUUCCAAYCACACGCUUAAAGAUGUAGAAAAUCAUUUCCUUCAGCCAACAGAAGGCGAGAGUUCACAUGCAUAUACAACAUUAAAUGGAAAGAGUGUCAAAGUUAAUGAGGGUUUCAUCUUCACAGAAAAGGGUUUUGAAGAUGUAAAAUAUGUGCGAAUUCUAUUUGAAGAGACAUUCUUUAAUGGUAACAAUGAGAGCUACCAAGUAUUGUGUUUAGAUCAGCCAUUGGAAGGAGGAAUAGGUGUAAGUGCAGACCCUGUUGUCCAGGCAUUAGACAAUCUUCAAGGUUGUAUUGAUUUCUUAUGGCCCUCAACUGGAACCAAACAGGGUCAGAAGCAGAUUGAUGAAAUCAUUAGAUUAUUCAAUUCCACUUACCAACAGCUGGAGGGAGAAUCAAUGAGACAUCUCAUGGAUGCUGCUAAUGCUAUUUAUACCAGGGCCAUGCAGCAAGCUUUGAAAAAUACACAACUUAGAAAACUUUCACAAAGUAACAAGUCAUAUUUGGAUAAUAUUAAGUUAGCGAUUGAGACCUAUGUUAUCCAUGGAUUAUACACUCAAUUAAUGAAGGGAAUAAGCUGUAUUGUUGGGAAUGAGUUUACAUCACCAUUAGAGAAGUUUCAUUGUCUUAAAAAGUCCAUCACAUUAAUCACAGAGAGGAAAAUGAAAGACAAAGAAGCUGGAGUUGUUGAUGCAAUUACUGCAGAUGAUCUGCUUCCAGCUCUAGUGUUCCUAGUUAUUAAAUCUGACAUUCCAAACUGGUUGGCUAAUAUAACUUUUCUCCACAACUUUCACUUCUCAAAGUGUGGAUACAAYGAGUUCCAAUUUUAUCUUUCAUCACUGGAAGCUGCUGUGGAACAUGUGCGGAGUGGCUGCCUUACCAAUACAUUUAAAGGAGGAAUACCAUUCAAGAGGUUGCAAAAUGGUAAUGGUGGAUCAUAUUCCUUCUGGCAACCAGUUGACUUCGAUAGCAAUAAACCCACUGCUCUUGACAUGCUGUUUGAGUACACAGCUCAAGGUAAAGAACAAGAGGUUGAAAAACUGCUUGGAAAUGAAGAAAAAGAAAACCUCAGGCUUGACAAGAUGUGUCAUCCAUUAUGUUCUUGCGAUAAGUGUGAAAAGUUGUUGUCCAAGCGAAGAAAUGAUCCAUCUGCUGUAACAGUCUUCUCCAGAGAUGACAUGGGAAGAACAGUCCUACAUGUUGCUGCUGAAUAUGGCCAUACUAACCUGACAUAUUCCCUGAUACAUAAGGGUGCUGUAGUGAAUACUAUGGACUAUCAUGGUAGUACACCACUUCACAUGGCUUGCCUUAGAGGACACAGUAAAGUAGUGCGCAAUGUUUCCGUCGAUGUGCCUAAUGAUCGUGGUAAUACUCCUCUACAUGAAGCAUCAAGGUGGAACUAUUGUGACUUGGUGCGCGUUCUACUAGAGCAUGGAGCAUGCGCAARUAUACGUAACAAAGUGCACCUCACGCCAAUGCAGUUCGCUAAGCAUGAUGAUGUCGUUAAAGUCUUUCAACAAAGCGUCAAAAUCACCAAAGAAUCACUACUAACAAGAAGAAAAACUUGGGCUGGUCUGUCAAUGAAUUCGAAUGUAAAACAUGACGUUUCAUUACCAAAUCCAGUUGAGUCAUCAGGAACGCCUCCAAAACCUACUCACCAACAAGCCUCGACCUCAAGUGUUCGUGUUAGUUACUCAAACGCCACAAAGACCGUAGAAAUGGAAGAAAAGCCUCGAACAAGAUCUCUUACAGCGAGUAGUAUUUGUGACACGACAAUCGAGCAACCACAAACAAAGCUAAGCAAGAUAUUUGAGCAUUUGGAGCACGGAGAGGUUGAGARGCUUCAGGAGAUUGCUAAGGCUGUGCGUGCAUUUGACAGGCGCAAGUCRCUGAAAAGGGCAGUCACAAUCGACAAGAGUUUGCCAUUUUUCGCUGCAAACGUGGAUCGAGAAAUCUUGGAUGAGAUUGAUCAAGAUGCUUUACGUAAUGACACAGACUUAUUUGACCAGCCUAUAGUUCCUCCAAACAACACCCCCAUAAACCCUUCACCAUCAAGCGGAAGUAGUCCACUUCUCGAUCGAGUUCGUAACGUUUUGCUAGACGAUCCUUCAACUCGGACCUCAGAGGGACCYCUUCUUGAUCGAGUUAAGUCUGUUUUGCAGGCGGCAGAYGAAGAAAUUCGUCCGGACAACGGAUACGCGACGAAUGAUAGCUCUUUGGAAUAUUCCAAAAGAACGGAARACAGUAGAAGGUCGAAUUUAGAUGAAGAUGUUUCGGAAGGCGCUGUACUGGAAAGCGCUCAUCCAGAGCUUGUUUCGAUUGUAGAAAGAGAGAUUGAAGUUAUAGAUCAAGUCAAAGGAUCAAAGAAUAGUAAUCCAAGGGAUUUGGACUCUCACAGCAAAGAAACUGAGGACCAUGAGCUCACAUCAAAUAUCGCAAGUAACUCAGAAAAUGAUGAAGUUGGUCAAACGUUUGAAAMAGAUUAUGUUCUUCCCGGUCGUGGUGACGUUAUGAUUGACAGUGUCAAUCACGUUAAUGCAUCGAAUGAGGCAGUUCGAUCUUUAGGAUGCGAAACGCAUCCGUCAGGGACUGAAGCGUAUACAAGUGGAAAAGAUCUUCUGGAAGGCGAAACUAAUUACGAUGGAAUAGAAGUUUCUACAUAUUUUCAAGUUUCGGAAAAUCAAGGACUUGUAGAUAAAGGCACUGACAGUGCUCAGCAAGUCGCUACUGGUACAAGUGAUUCAUUAUCCUCGAUAGAAACAUGCCGUGUUUUAACAGAUUGUCAACGUAACGAUUGUGAUUCGAAUCAAAAUAAUAAUGUGGACCCUAAGUGUGGUUGUGAACCUACAAUUUGCGAAACAUCAAAUGAUAAUCGCGAGACGAAGUUUAUUGGGGACCAUAAUAACGUAUCUGAUAAAGUUGAUUGUCAAUUAAAGUCGCAAACUCUUUUGUACGAUGAUGAGAUUGGUAAAAUGUCACCUGGUAAAGGCGAUUCAAAAAGUGAAAAGCUACUAGUAUCUGUUGAAAUUUGUGAAACAUCAAUACCAACUGUCAUGGAAAACGACGAUCCGCUAGAUUCUAUUGAAGCCCGCGAAAAGUCUAAUGACAAUGCCGAUCCCAUAGACGGAGAAAGUAACAAGCUUGAAAACCGUGAAACAUCGACUGUUAGUGGCUAUUCAAUAAUUCGAGGAAGUGAAAAACUACUAGAAUCUGUUGAAUCCUGUGAAAUAUUAUGCAAGUUUUUCUCUUCUGAAGUCUACAAAAGAAGUGUUUCUUCGCCGAAUUCUUUGAGGCAGUGUUUGAACCUAAGGACGCUCACAGAGGAAUUUCAUUCACGCACAAGUCUUAAACGGUUCUGCGUAACGCUUAAUCACCAUGGAAAAUGA